AUGCCUCCCCGUCUGGCACUACAAUUUACUUCUCUCCGGACGCUUUCUUUGCGAGGGGGCCGACACUUUCAGAUUCGCAGGGCAUUCCACGACGCAAAAGCAGACUUUAUUACCUUCAACUCAAGAGGAUCUCUCACGACACAAAAACUCGACAUAUUCAUUGGUGAACCCCAUGAAGCCUACAUCAUAUUUAAUAAAGAUGUUGGCCUUGCCAUGCAGUCAGGCAUCUCUAACCAAACUGGCAUAUGCCUUGCUUCGGAUUCCAAAAAAAUUGCUCUGACAUUUUUCCACGACACCCUGCAUUUUGCCCAUGCUGCCGUACCUUAUCCACGCAUGGUCAUCGAACGAAACCUUCCGCGGCAGAAUGCAAGCAACACGAGUCCUGCAACACUAUGGCUAUGGGGCGCGUCACAUUCUAUUACCUUAGAUGGCACAGCAGAUCAUAUGUUUGAGGAAUCUUCACGGGAGAGCCACAAGAGGUUAAAGGGCGCUGCUGAACUCUUGCGGGAUAGAUAA